AGAUAACCGGUACCUCAUAAGUUAUUAGUAUUAAUGUGUAAUUAUUAAUUUGAGAAUGAAUGCAACAUUCACAUAUCCUGGAAAUUCCUCUGAUGUCAGUGAUGUUUCUUUUGAUCAUUUAUAUCGUGCCAUCAUCCAAUGUUUUGUCAUCAUAUUCUUUGGCUACAUUGCUGGGAGGGCUGGCAUCAUUACACCUACUCAAAGUUCAGGCAUUGGAACGUUUGUCUCCAAGUUUUGCCUCCCUGCACUGCUAUUUAAAAGCAUGUGUGAGCUUAACUUUUCAGAGGUGAGAAUUUCUCUAUUACAUUUUAAAACACAUUGUUAUUCUAGAUAGAUAGUUAUGUUAUAUUAUAAUAUUAAAUUAAUAAAAUAAAACAUUCCGUGAUAGGUUUCAUAAAGAAAAUGUCCCAUUUAUUUUAUGGAGUUUUAUGAACAUUAAUUAAUGAUAUAAAAUACUGUGCCAGAAAAUGCUUGAGUUUACUAGUUUUAUUUCUGAACACAUCAUCUUCCAGCAAUUUUAUUUGUAGAAACAUUCUACCAAGUGAGUAGUUUCAUAAUUUUCUACAAUAACUCAUUUUAAUUGAAAGUGUUUAAAAUUGGAAAAAGUAUUGAUUAAACAUUGACUGCAUUGACUAAACAUUGUUGUUGUAAAAAGAGAAUAUAUUUGAGAAUUUAAACAACCUUAAAAUGUAUGUGUUGAAAAUUUUAUUAACCACAUUCCUGUGUUAUAUUAUUACAUGCAGAAGUUAAACUUUACUUUAAAAUAUUAUUCAUAAAGCUUAUGAAUGACACACCUAACCAGUGUGAUGAUUUUUAUUCAUAAACUUUACUCAUCUGGUUUUCAAAUUGUAAGUAAAGGAUAACAUACCCUAAGUGAGCUUAAUUAAGUCAGAUUAUGAUCACUAAAAAGAAUCAAUAUCUGAUUUAUUAUGCAACUUAAGUCAGUGUACUAUGUAAACAUAAAAAAGAAAUGUGACAUAAGAGAUGUUUAAGUUACAUGUUAAAUAUUACAAGUGCAGUGAGUAAAAGUAAAAUUGGUGUGUUUUUAGUGAUGAGAAACAUCAAAUCUUGUCCACAACUCUGCUCUUCUCUGACUUUUUUCUAACACAAUGUUAGUAGUAGUUUAACAUGUUUGUAUAACACAGUUUUAACAAAAGUUGCUAUAAUAAUUUAAAUGUUAAGUUUGUGUCCACCCAUAGAGAUUCACUUUGGAAUUCGUUAACUUAACUUUGAAUUUUUUCUCAUUGCAUAUGAAGCAAUAAACUAUUUUUGGUAGUGAUUACUGUCUUAAUCAUUCUUCAUGAUCUCCUAGAUAUAUUAAACCACUGUAGAGAUUGUCUUAAUCAAGCCUACUCGAGCACCUAUAUAUAUAAACCAUUGUAGAGAUUAGUGGCUUGAUAAUUCCUUCACCAGCUUCCCACAUAUAUUAAAUAGAAACAUGUCAACAGUACUUUUGAACAUUUAUUGAUUUUUUUUCCCAUUUAUAUCUGGAUUUAUUUUAUAGUUAGCUGAAACCUUGACGAUAUAAAGUACUCUACAUCAUCACCACUCUGAAGUAUCACCAUUUGAUUGGGAUUUAAAGCUAUCUUUAUAAGCGUGCAUUUAUUUUACAAUGUGCAUAAUAAGCAAAUACUUUCUUUCUCAAAUUUCUUUUCGUCUUUAGGUAAAUUGGCUUUUCCUGGUUGGAAUACUCAUAGCAAAGGUUUCUGUGUUUGUUAUUGUGGGUCUGGUCACACUCCUGGUCAAGCGACCACUUAACCUUGGCUAUGCAGCCAUAUUUGGCAUUUUUGCUACUCAGAGCAAUGACUUUGCACUGGGAUAUCCAAUUGGUAAGUUUUAACAAAUGAAUUGAAAGGAUUAAAAUAACUAGCUAUAAAUGAGUUCAUAAAAUCCAACAACAAUGUAUUUUGAAUAUGGUGAAAACCAACAGCUCUUAUUUCCUAAGUAUUCAUUACCAGUACUUGAAAUGGCUAAUAUUUGAUGAAAUUAUUUUAAAGACAACAUCAACAGUUUUUGAUUCUGCAAUAGGAGAAAAAUUACUACUCUAAAUUUUGCCUGGUAUACCAAUGAGAAGGUAUACUACUUGUUAUAAAUAUAGAUAUUAUCAUUUGUUAUAAAUAUAGAUAUUACCACUUGUUAUAAAUGCAGAUUUCACUUGUUAUAGAUGUCGACAUUGAUCACUUGUUAAAUAUGUAGACUUUCAUGUGGCCUUUACUACUGAAACCUGGUGUAAUUUAUAUGAUAUUGAUGAUACUGUCAAUAAUAUGACACCAGGUCCAGCUGUCUCCUAUCAUUAAAAAUAUCCCUGUGUAUGCCUGUUACAGGGUGACUAACCAAUUAAUAUUCUAUGAAUACAAAAAACUUCCAUUAAUUUGAUACCACUGUACAGAUGUUGGCAAAUUUAUGUAGUGCACCAUUCUGCUUAUGUAUGAGUGAUGAUAUAGUAUUUUUAAACAGCAAAAUGAAUAUAUAAUUUGCCUCAUAUUUAUGCGAAAUGUUGAAGCAAAUGAUUAAAACAACAAUUGACUCUGGCUCUCAUCUAGACUUUUGUCAUAGAUGUUAAAUAUCAUUUAACUAGAUGUAUUGAUGUGAUAUUUUAGUUUUGAGGAUAAUAAAAGAGUGGAAGAGCAUUGUCUGACUAUUAGGACAUGGUUGCUAAAAAUAACUGAUAAACUUAAUAUUGGAGAGUUUAUUCAGGUUCAUGGAAAAAAAAAUCUACUUUUCCUCUUAGAUUUUUUUAAUUUGUGAAGAUAAUUCAUAUAAAUUUCCCACACACUGACUAACGAACUCUUGCUGGGGUAGAAAGUAUAAGUAAAAACAAGUUUUGACUGACUGGUUUUUAUGACAUUGAUAUUUAGAAUGAUGUCAACUUACAUAAGCACACAGAAGUUUUUACAUUUCCAUCUUCAGUGCAAGCUCUGUAUGGUAGAACUCACCCGGAGUACCUCAAGUAUCUGUAUCUUAUUGCACCCAUCUCGUUAGUCCUACUCAACCCCAUUGGCUUCAUCCUUAUGGAGGUCCAUAAGCAUAGAUCCGUGCAGGAUGAUUCAAAAGAAUCAAAACUUAGAACUGCUGUUAUGCAUGUUGUCAAAGGUGUCAUUCUCAACCCUAUUGUCUUCAUGACAACAAUUGGGGUGUUUGGAAACUUCAUAUUUUCUGGGUCUGUCCCUGAGAUUUUAAGUGACAUCCUCAUUGUACUGGGUAAGUGAUAAAUUGUAUCAUUUUGACAUAUAAUUCUUUCAUUAAAAACUUUAAAAAACUGUUACACACCUUUGACUCAGCCGCCCUGGGCACAUUUUUGCUCUCUAAUGUAUGUUUGUAUAAAGGACCAGGCUGGAUCAUUUUAUUUUAUACAUUAGCAAUCAUAAACUUAAUCAACCAUUGCUUUUAAUUGGAAGUUUUAUAUUACCAUCAUCCAACUUCUUGCUGACUGAACAUCCCUUCUGCAAUGGUCCUGUACACUAAUGCUUGGGGGAGCUUCUGCCAUCUACAUCCAACUGCUUGCUGAACGAACCUCUAUUGAUCCUGUACACUAAUGUUUGGGGGAGCUCCUGCCAUCCAGUGGUACUGGUCUCACAGACCCUUGGCGACACUAAAAAAACAUUUCUUUGAUGCUAUCCUGACAAAGUUAUUCAUUGAAUUCCCAAUCAUUAGCAUUUUAUCAUCAUAGUAUAAAAAGUUGUGAAUUAAAUACCUACAUCCAUAUGAAGGGAUGUAAAAUGAAAACAAUUGUCAUAUAUUCUCUAUAUCAUCAACCAUGAGCCAGAUGGUUAUAAAAAAUUUGCUUCUUAUUUAUCAUUUUAUUUCUAUAAAAGGCUUAUGUCUACCCUUUGGCUAUUUUUAUUAUUAUUUCUGUUGAAAUCUUGGUCUGUUAAUAAUUUGUUCCUGUUAUUUCGGUACCUAAAAACAUUCCCUUUUGGAUCGUAAUUGAUCCAAUAAAGUAUAUUGACUUGAUAUAUAUCUUUUACAGGGGACGCUUACAAUGCCUCUGCCCUGUUCUACCUUGGUCUGAGUAUGGUUGGCAAAGUUCGUAGUCAGCUGGGUAUGGGUCUUGUUGUUCCAGUGCUUCUCAUCACAGCAAAGACGUAAGGGUCUAUUAUGUAACAACUAUUUCAGCUGGAAUUAAUGGAAUUAAUUUUAUUCAUUUUUUUGUCAUAUGAUGUAUAAUAAGGUUAGUUCACAUUACAACUAGCUAUUGAAAUGAUUUGUAAUAAAAUAUCAUUUCAAUAUUUGCUUAUGCAUUUCUUCUGCAUGCGUAGUUCUGCUUUAGAUUAAUACUUAUAAACAAGCCCUGAUAAACUUCAAAUUUAAUUCUAAAGUUAGAACAAGAACUAAAUUAAAAAGAUUAACAUUUUUUAGUCUAUAAUACAUCUAUCCUCAAUAAAAAUCUAAAUAUGUGUUUAAAUAAGGUUUUAAUCCAAGGUUGUACAUGAAAACCAGUUCAUUUUUUUGUAAGUUAUUUAUCAUCAUUUGCUUUCAGUCUAAUACUGCCCCUAGUAACCUGGGAAGUUAUGGGCUGGCUGGAAAAUGGCAAUGUAUCAACAUCAUUCAGCAUGUAUGGAUUUCUCUAUGGCACUUUCCCAUCAGCCCCUUCUGUCUUUCUAUAUGCCAGUGAUUAUGGCAUCGCCCAAGAUAUCGUAAGUUCAUUGCGUAGGUCAUUUCACAUUUUAUGAACAUGGUACACAGUUAUGGUGCUGACAAAUGUUCUUGUGGGUUUCAUAUUGUUGAAAUAUACAUUAAGUUAUAUAUGAAACGGCCUGCAUUAAUGUUCAGUAUUAGCUUCAUCUGCUUUGUUGUUAGCGGAUGAAUCAAUUUGUGCAGUCCAGUUAACAAAAAUCAACCGGUGAUUUCAGAUUGCUACAGGGCUGGUGAUGGGUACUUUCUUAUCGGCUCCUCUGAUGUUUGUCUCGGCUAAAAUGAUGACGCUAAUAGUGGUGACAGGUGCUGACUACAGGAACGUGCUGAGUAGCACAUCUUUUGAUGUUAGCAUCAUCAGUCUCACUUGCUGCGUAAGUGCAUGUUUACAAGUGGACAUUGAAUAGGGUAGCAACUACCCUGAUGAAUGUUAUACCAUUUUAAUAUAUUAAUAUUUAUAUUUUAUUAAUUUGUAUGUCAUUAAUUUAACAUUCCUUCGGGUAAAAAUUAAUUAUUAACAAUGUGUAGAAACUCACACCAUGUAUGGUAAUUGAACAAAAGAAAAAUGUUGAUAAUCUGAGGCUCAUUUGCCAGAGUAGGCCCUUUAACGUUUUAAUUAACUCUAUAAAUUCUAUCAUCUAUUCAAUGAAUAAAAGUAUUGUUGUAAGGAAAUUUAGAGAGCAAAUUUUUUUGUAACAAGUACAUGUUGCUAUAAAAUUUGUAGGAGGGAAAUAUAUACACUCAAGAAUUACCGCCCCGUCAGCAACCUCUCCUUUCUCUCAAAAAUCAUAGAAAAACUCAUACUCUCUCAGCUCUCUGGCUAUCUUCAUUCUCGCAAUCUCUAUCCUUCCUCUCAGUCCGCCUACCGACUUGGUCAUAGCACAGAAACAGCACUGGUCCGAGUCAUGAGUGACCUCCUGCGCGCGAUGGACGAUGGCAAACUCUCUAUUCUCACUCUGUUAGAUCUCUCUGCUGCAUUUGAUACCAUUGACCACCAGAUUCUUCUUGACCGCCUUCAUCUUUCUUUCGGACUUACUGGCUCAGCUUUAAACUGGUUUCAAUCAUAUCUUUCUGACAGAACUCAAAAAGUCUCUAUUUCCAACCGCUCUUCCAAACCUUCAGCCCUGUCUAUUGGAGUUCCUCAAGGAUCGGUCCUUGGGCCGGUCCUUUUCAUCCUCUACACUAAACCUCUAUCAUCUCUCAUUAGCCACCACUCAGUUUCCAGUCAAUCCUUUGCUGAUGACACUCAAAUCAGUGACUCUUGCUUUCCUGAUCAACUUGAUGCCACAAUCCUUCGCAUACAGGAGUGCGUGGACGAUGUAAAGCGUUGGAUGACUUGCAACAAACUGAAGCUAAAUGAUGAUAAAACGGAAAUCCUUCUCAUCCACUCUCAAAACAAACCUCUCCCUCCAUUCGCUCCUUCUUCUAUAUCUAUUGGCAACUCUGACAUAACACUCUCUCCCUCUGCCAGAAACCUUGGAGUCACGCUUACGGACACCCUCUCCAUGGACAAACAUGUCACGAAUAUAUGCAGAUCAGCAUAUAACGAAAUUAGAAAAAUCAGCACCAUUAGACACCUCCUCUCCUUUGAUGCCACAAAAACUCUCGUCUCUUCACUCAUUCUUUCAAAAUUUGACUACUGUAACAUUCUUCUCUCAGGCAUUCCUCAACACCACAUAGAAAAACUUCAGAAGGCACAGAACUCAGCAUGCAGACUCAUUUUUAAAUCAAAGAAACAUGACCACAUUCAACCACACAUGCGGCAACUCCACUGGCUUCCAAUAUCCUCUCGCAUCAAAUACAAGUCUGCCAAUCUUUGCUUCAACUCGUUCACUGACCCUCACUUUCCUGUCUAUCUCUCUGAACUGUUGCUUCCUUACAUCCCCACAAGACAACUACGUUCUUCCAUUGACAGUAGAACCCUCUCAAUCCCAAGAACUAAAACUAAGACCAUCGGUGAACGCUCCUUCUGCUUCCAUGGGCCCACGUUCUGGAACCAGCUCCCCUUCCAUAUACGUCAUAGUGAAACCUCGUCCAUUUUCAAAAAGUCCCUUAAAACUCAUCUGUUUAGGUCCGCCUAUGACCUGUGAUGCACCCUCCUUGCCCUACCUCAUUUUCUGUUUCGGGUUGAUCCUGAAGUGUCAAAGUGUCCUCGUUUUAUAGCCAUUUUCAUUGUUUCUAUAGAAUAGUAGUUACUAUCCUAGUGUCUCAUUUGUAUUUACUUAGUUUACAUGUUUUAAUAAUUGUAAAGCGCUUAGAGCUUUAUGAUAAGCGCUAUAUAAAAAUGCCUAAAUAAAUAAAUAAAUAAAUAUAUUUGUGAUAAUGAAAUCAAGGACAAAUUUUUGUUUCAGAUUUGGGUUAUGGGCCUUUUUGUUGUGAGUGGCAAAUGGAAACGUGUUCCUCAUCGCUUUACAAUGGCUUUUAUGUUCUCACAUGUAAGUGUAUUUAUUAACAUGAGAAACCUGUGCAAUCCUUAUUUAUGAUUUGAACUGAUGAAAGUGGCAAAAAUGGGACUGACAAUUUUCUUUCCUUUGUUGCAUAAACUAAUUAGUAACUAUAUUCAGUCUAUUUAGAUGUAUUUAUAUUUACAAUUUUACUUGCAUUCACCAUUAAAUCACCUUACAUUAACAGUCAAUGUCUUUUCUCCCAGAUCAUCGCCUGUGUUGGUAUGAUAACAUUCUAUUGCCAUGGGGACACUAAGGGCUGGCAUCAUUAUCCUAUCAUCAUAUGUCUGCUGGUGGGUGUCUUCUCAGCAAGGUGCUGGACCGCCGCUAUAGCCAUUGUCAUUUGUCUGUUACACACUCGAAGUCUUUGUUUUAUAUUGCGCAAGCAAGUCUGGUUUUACUUUGUUGGAUUUGGGUAAGCCUAAGAAAGAAAUCUUAGUAUUUUGAUAACGAACUAAAUAGCUGAGAGACAGUUAAAGAAUGAAAAGUAUGAUACAAUUAAUUAAGUUCAUUCUUUUCACUUUUCUUUGUGAGAACUCAAACUUAACCAAUAAUUAGUUUUGCUGUAAAACUUCCCUCAUAUUUUAAUUGAUCUCUCAAAACAAGUUCGGUAAUUUUGAAUGUUGUCAUUUGCAGUUAAUUUUUUUCUUAAAAAAAUUAUUAAAUGCUCUUUUUGUUCAAUAACUUUUUUCUUUAAUUAAAUUUGGAGAAUUUCUUUCAUGGUUACAUUUUAUUUCAGGGUUCCAGUUUUUGUUACCGGUAUUUUAUUUCUGUUGGGAUCUCAUAAUUUGGCAGGAGAAAUUGAUCCGGCGUUUCACUAUGGAAAAGUUCAGGUAAUAAAUAUGUGGGCCUGUCCUGAAUAUUUUACGUUAUCUAUUGAAACCUUGAUAAAAACUUUUAACAAAUUAGCAAUUAUUUGUGAGAAAAUAAAUAUAUUUAUUAUAUUAAAUUAAAAUUUAUGGUCCAAAAUGUUUUCCUCCAUUUUUACUUCUUCUCUCUUUAGACUGCUUUCUCUUUAGUAAUUCUCUUGCUGACACUUAUUGUCACAAUAACCUCCCUUGUGUGGUGGCAACGCCUGGAGAAACAAGGGAUAUCCCAAAGUCCUGAGUACAAGAGACAAGAGAGUAUAGCUAGUGCCAGGCCAGCCAGGCAGUCUAUAGUAGAGAGACAGGACAGCAUCAUCAGCAGACAGUCCCUUGUGGACAGGCAAGAUAGUAUGAUCAGUACAAGGGACGAUAAAUACCCAGUCAUCAAUGAAGAGGGAUCAGAACCCAUGGAAGCAUCUGGUGGGCGUCAGUCACACAAAUUGCUUCGGAAAGAUGAAACAAAGUUAAAAAAUGGCAGAAAUUAUCAAACGUACAAUGAAAAUCAAAAUAUUAAAAAAUGUAAGUGCUGUGUGUGUUGAUGAUUAUUUAACUAUCUUACUAGUGGACCAUAAGAAAAUGCAUAACUGCCUUAUAAAGUAUUAAAAUCAUGAAUAAAUAUACAUUGCAAAGGAGGUUAUAUCAUAUGAUAGUUUGUAGGAAAUAUUGAAACUAGAUAUGUUAAGGCUUCAAAUGAAAAAACAAAUAAACGUAUUAAUUUUUACCUAAUUUUAACAUUUUCAGACUUGUGCCUAUAGUAACAAAAUGUAUAUGUUACAGUUCUUUAAUAGUACUUUAAUGGUACUGUUCUUUUUUUUUAGUUUGCUUGUAUGUUCUGUUCUUUAAGUUUGCCUUGUAUGUUCUGUUCUUUAAUAUGUUGGCUUGUUCUGUUCUUUAAUAUGUUGGCUUGUAUGUACUGGUUUUUAAUAUGUUGGCUUGUAUGGUACUGUUCUUUAUUAUGUUGGCUUGUAUGGUACUGUACUGUUAUAAGGUGUCUUUAAUGCUCCUGUUUAUAUUAGCUGCUACCGCCAUCAAUAUUUUGCUAAUUGCAAGAAGAGCAGAUUUUUGUAUCAUAACAAAGUUUAUGAAUAAGCAACUGAAUUCACAGAAAGCUUGUUUUUUUUUUUUUAACUUCAUUUUUAUUUUCUCUCAUUUUUUAAUCACUUUUCAGCAACUAGUAUAGAGGAUCUCAUUCCCUACAUGGAAAAAAACUCAGAUAGUAUCUUCAGUGAGUUCGAGGCAGGAGGCACCGAAGCCAUGGAGAACAUUUCAGAGCGCACCUGUUUACUGAAUCAGUGUAGCACAGAACAGCGCCAUGCCUGCAUGGAUAGGUUACGUUCCUAUACGGCCAGUGUUAUAGUCAAUGGAGAUGGACCACAGGAGGAGGAGCCUAAAACUGUCAAGGAACUCUCCAUGGAGGAGUAUCAAACAGCCCACCAUCUGAUACUGCUGCUACUGCUACUUUUGUCCAUGUUUAUUGUAAGUGCUUUAAAUUUCUGUCAUUUUUCUUCAGCUAUUUUGGUCCUGCAUAUGCUACUUAUUACCCGCAGCAUACGAUACUUAUUACUGUUAGAAUUAAUUUCUUGUUGUUAUUUUAGACCAAUUGUUACUGUACAUUACAAUAUUGUUAUCUAGUUCAUAAUUUUAAAAAAUGACUAAAACUAUAUUUUGGUGCGUGGAAUUUCCAGAUACUUAAAUUGAAAUGAUAAAUUGAAAACAAUUCAACUCACUUAUGCUAGUAUCUAAACAUUUUUUAAAAACUGAGCUAAAUUCAUUUUUGGGCAGAUUUCACUGGGUUGAUUAGUGGAGGAUACUGUAGGACUGUCAAACUCCACAUGAGCCAAGCACUUUGGUGUAUAACAUAUUUAAAGGCUGCUCCGGGUGCUCCUUUCCAAGAAAUGGUCCCUAAAUUUAAUGUUUACAGAAAGAUAAGGCCAUUAACAAAUCAAUGGAACCCUUGUGCCAAAACUGGGCUACAAGUUUUUAUACCUAUUUACAAAGUGCAGAUAGUGGCUUGCCGCAAGAGCUGUGAUCAAGUGCUUUUAAUAAUUUUAACAGAAUUAAUCUAAAUUGUGAACUUUAGAACUAUGGUGGGUAAUUCAGUUUAAAGAUCAACUAUUUGUCAUGCCCUAGUGUUAGCAUGGAUCUUUGUACACUAUAAUGCACAGUAUGUUAUUUAGGCACACUACUUACUAGUGUCUGUAGUUGUGUUUUAUGAAAUCAUAUGCGUUUUAUGAAAUCAUAUGUGUUUGUAUGUAUUAUUCUUUCAUCCCCCUUGGGACUUUGGCUCAGCUCCACCACUUUUUUUCACUCAGGUCUAACCGAUGCCAUGAAUAGAUCAAUGAAAAUAAAUAUAUAUACAAUUAAUGUUUCUUUUAUUUUGGAUUUCUUAACCGUUACAGAUUGGUUGAAAUAACUUCAAACUCAUUUAUUCUUGUGUUUUAUUUAAUAAAAAGAAUGUGGUUCUUAUUCUCGCAUAUGUAUUGUUUUAUUAAUUAUUUAGGGAAAGAUUUAAAAAAAAAAACAACUAACAAAUACCCUUAAAUAUUUCAGGGUUUAAUUUUAUGCUUUUGGCGAAUGUUUAACAGCCAGCCAACUGGUAUCUAUGUGGAGAUUGAGUUUCUAGACUGUGUCUUUAACUAUGGACAGGUAUGUUUCUUGACACUCUAUUGAAUUAACUUUAAACGUCCAUGGCAGAAAAUGCUUCUUAAAAUUUUUUUACUGCGUGGAAACGAAUAUUCAUCUUGUUAUGCUGUAUUCAUUUUUUCUCUGAAAACUGUUCAAAUAAAAAUUCCAUUUCAAAAAGUUUUAAACUAGACAACUCUCAACAAUACAUUUAACAACUUAAAUUUGAGGGUCACUAAAAAAAAUUAAUUUACCUUCCUAAAAUAAGUAUUGGCAUGUAAUAAGUUGAUGAAAGGAAUACUAUAGAUCUUUCCUGUUUUAAUUUGGAGAUAAAAUGUCUAAGCAGUUUUCUAAGACUCAUUAACAGAUUUAACAUGUCGGCUGUCAAUUCUGUCUAUCAGGGUCUGCUAGUCCUCAUGGUGUUUGGCUUUGAUACAACCAAGUUGGUGUUUUCACCCAUCGUUAGACGGUAAGAACUCUUUUGGUCUGCUGUUUAAAACGGUAAACCUGAUCAUAUGUUUUAAUGAUGCCUCAAAGUAUGCUUCUAGCAUACAAAAGUGUUAUGUUAAACAAGUUAAAACCUUUUCUCACACCAGAAUUGUUUUUGAAGUUUUUCUUUAUUAGUCCAAAUAAAAUUUGUUGUCUACUAUAACAUGUAAGUUGUGUUAAACUGAUAUGUAUAAUUUGAAUGAUGUAAACAAAAUUAUUUGACUUGAUCAUAAUUUAUGCUUUAUUGUUUGCUUACAGGCACAUGUCUAAGUAUAGAUUUGUCUAUACUUUUUAUGUUAGGUAAUUUUGGUGCACCUAAUUUUUUUUUCCAGAUCAAUUUCAAACCAAUCUCUGUUGCUUUGUUGAAAUGUGCAUAUGUUAAGUUAUUUUGUCAAUAAAUGUGCAUAUGCAUCUAAGCAUAUUUGUCAAUAUAUGUGCAUAUAGUUGAUAAAUGCUUUUGAAUCUAGAUACAGUUGGUGAGUUUGAAUAUUAAUUGAAUUCAUCAAAUCUAAAAAUAUUACAAUUUAAUAUGAAUAGAUUAAAUGUCAAUGUUAUUUCAUGGAAGAAAUAUAAAUUGAGUUAUUAAUUCUAUAAACAUUCUUAAAAUACAAUGAAUUCACUCAUGUAAUUAAUAAGUAAGUUAUUUUCUGUGAACCCAUUUUGUUACAAAUAUUCAAAAUGUAAAACUCUAGUCUUCAAAGGGCAGUUUGUUAAUUCUUUUAAUGAGUCACUUAUGAUAUUUAGUUGUUUUUAUGUUUUUAAAACUUCUUUAACUGUAGAAUAUCCUUUUUUUAAGAGUCCAUGUAAUUUGUUAACCCCCAAACUUAAGACUGUCGCUUGUAAAUUUGUUCACGCCAUCUUCAGUUGAUUUAUUGUAAAUGUGUUGACCCCAACCUUCAGUUUAUUCAUUUUAAAUGUGUUAACCCAACCUUGGGAUUAUUUCUUGUAAGUGUUAGCUUUGUCCUUGUUUAUCAUUAUAGCAUAGGCAUGCAAACACUCUAAAUGUUAUGUUUGAGAUAGAUCAAAAGAAAGAAAUUUGAUGCCUAUUGACCUUCUUAGACAAUGACAAUCAAUACAUUCUUCUUCAAUUAGCAAUAAUUUAGGCCCUAAUGAUUAUUAUGUAAAUGGGGCUCAUUUCUGAGGGUAAUAGGUGGGGGGGCAGUUACACCUGACAGACCUCAAAUUCCUUCGGCAAAUAGUCAUUCCUGCAGUUUCACACCCUAUUAGCUGGUUUUAAACUUUGGGUAUUGAAAGCAGUUAUGCCUUGUGCAUUGAAAAGUUUAAAAACUUUCUCUCUCUCUCUCACUUCUAAAUAAAUGAAAGUAUGUAUUGUUUCACCCUUCAGUGAUCUCAGCCAUGAUUUUUUAGCUCUUCUGUUUCAGAGUUUGUGUUUUCAAAUGAAAUGAUCUCCUUUACAGUCCUUGAUUAAGAAAAGAAAUGAGAACAUACUCUAUAGGUCAACUUUGCAGCUUUGGCCCCAGAUUAGUUUUAUCUCUAGGAUGUUUGACAGGGGAAGCGUAAACAUUGCACAAACUAAUGUGGUUUCUGGGUGACAACGGUCACAUGUUAAGGUUUCAGCAACCAUGUUUCUACAAUUUGAUAUUUUGCAAUAUGUUGUUCAAACUCUUUAGAAUAUCUGCUUUACAUUAUCCAUCUUUUAUGUCCACUCUGUCUCAAUUUAACUAAGUUUUUUAAUAAGUUGGCAAUUACUUUAUCGUCAAAAUGUGUAAAAUUAUUUUUUUAAAAAGGAAAAUAUAUAUUUUCUGUAAAAAAAAAAAAAACUAGUAUGUUUUAAGAGACAUUAUUUGCUGAAUAAAUUUUCAUAUUUUCAAAUGUGUAAACACACAACUCAAGGGUCACCCAACCCAGCUAAACACACAACCCAGCUAAACACACAACCCCAGAGUCACCUAACCCAGCUAAACACACAUUUCUAGAGUCACCCAACCCAGCUAAACACACAACUCAAGAGUCACCCAACCCAGCUAAACACACAACUCAAGAGUCACCCAACCCAGCUAAACACACAACCCAGCUAAACACACAACUCGAGAGUCACCCAACCCAGCUAAACACACAACUCAAGAGUCACACAACCCAGCUAAACACACAACCCAGCUAAACACACAACUCAAGAGUCACCCAACCCAGCUAAACACACAACCCAGCUAAACACACAACUCGAGAGACACCCAACCCAGCUAAACACACAACCCAAGAGACACACAACUCAAGAGUCACCCAACCCAGCUAAACACACAACCCCACCCAACACAACACACAACUCAAGAGUCACCCAACCCAGCUAAACACACAACCCAGCUAAACACACAACUCAAGAGUCACCCAACCCAGCUAAACACACAACCCAGCUAAACACACAACUCGAGAGUCACCCAACCCAGCUAAACACACAACUCAAGAGUCACACAACUCAAGAGUCACCCAACCCAGCUAAACACACAACCCAGCUUAACACACAACCCAGCUAAACACACAACUCGAGAGUCACCCAACCCAGCUAAACACACAACUCAAGAGUCACCCAACCCAGCUAAAUACACAACUCAAAGAGUCACCCAACCCAGCUAAACACACAACCCAGCUUAAUACACAAGCCAGCUUAACACACAACCCAGCUAAACACACAAGAGUCACCCAACCCGCUUGAUUUUACUUUUCCUCCCUGUUUAAAAAAAAAACCUCCUUGUGAUUUUUUCAGCUCAAAAAUUUUGGCUACAUAAUAGUGAAUUUAGUAAUUAGCAAAUGUUGCUUUCCAUGACUUAUUGAUACCUGAUAGCUUUAAUUUCAAAAACUUAUAUAUCAUAAAUAAUGCUUCAAUUUUUUGUUUUAUUAUUUUAUUAAUAAGGCUUAGGCGACUGCUGUUUGGUGCAGAAGUGUUACGCUUGCCUAGCCUAAAUCAACUGGAUGCUGCUACCAAAAAGACAUGUGAACAGUUUGAGGACUACCACAAAGACAACUGUGUGGAAGAAAUAGUUCGGGAUAGACGGUAAGUUUUUUCCUCGUAAUUCUUGAAUGAAUAUUGUUUUUCCCCCCUUCAUCUCAACAAAUCAUUUUCUGUUUUCUUACAUUUUAUUUCAGUAGCAAAUUUCUUGUUUAAAUCUUGACUGUUCAUGAAUAGUGUCUUCCCCAUGUCAUGAAUAUGUACCAAAAGUUUUCCUAGAUUACACCGUAUGUACAGCUUCAGGGCUGUCCAUAAUUAAGUCACUUGAUGUGUACAGUUUCUGCCAAUGCUCAUUCUGAGAAUUUAGUUUUGAUAUGUGGUUUAUAAUAUGCGGUUUAUAUAUUCACUACUAAUCUAUUAAGGGUAGUUUUUGGUCUGAGUUUCUCUCAACAUACUUUCACCUUGUCCAUAUGGUAAUAUUCAUAGAAAAGCUCUUUAACUUGCUUCCAAACUGAUUUCUAAAGUAGAUGAACAAUUAUUCAACUGCCCUAUUUAUCGACCUUAUUUAUAUACCAGCAAGUAUGCGACCAUUGGCUUAAUUUAAUUGCAGAAUGCCAUCUGUUGUUGUACAAGUAUGUACCAUUAUUCAGUGCCAACUCACUAAUACUAAUUAAAUAAAAGAUAUUGUAUGCCAUCAGAUUAAUGAUAUGAUCUGUGUUGGUCAGUAACACUUGCAAUCGUUUUCACUUAUCAUUGACAUUGAUGAGAGAACAUUGCUGUGACAGGCCCACAGACCUGUAUCAUAGUUUCACAUUUUAAAGAAAGCUUUCACCUCAAAGUUAAACUGCAACUUAUUUGGGUACCGGUAUUGCUAAUUAAAAUGGAAGAGAGAGAAUAAAUAUUUUUACGGCUCUCUCUCUCUCCCUCUCUGUAUGUGUGUGUGUGUGUAUAUAUAUAUAUAUAUAUAUAUAUAUCACCUAUUAAGCUUAAGAAAUUUUCUUUAAAAUGUGAGAUAAUGGGCCGCAGCAAAUGGCCAACCAACUUCUUAUAGAACCUUCAUUUAAUGUGGCCCUAAAUUCUUAAUAAUGUUGGGCAAUGCAUGUCUCAUGAAGAGGGCAGCCCCCGGUCGCAACUCUCUAAUCCCCUUCUUAACCUCAGGUGCUUGAUGUCAUUUGUGGACAGCCUCUUAGUCAGAUCCAUUAUGUGAUUCACAACUUUGUCACAGUCUCAACCUUAAAGUAAUUUUUUUUUUUACAUGACUUACAUUUGGGCCCCAAAAUGUGCUCUAUCAUUUCAUUGAUUGAUUACAUGCUUCUUAUUCUCUUUCACAUUUAAAUCGUGUGGUGUGGACGCUGCUUGGUAUCUAACUAAUGAAAUAAUGAUGGUUUUGUUUGUUUGUUUUAUUUGCUCUAGAUGAUUCAUAGUAAAAUAAUAGGCUAAUGGUUUACUUUCAACAUCCAAUCCCGACAUUUCUUUUAUUUGCUCUAGAUGAUUCAUAGUAAAAUAAUAGGCUAAUGGUUUACUUUCAACAUCCAAUCCCGACAUUUCUUUUAUUUGCUCUAGAUGAUUCAUAGUAAAAUAAUAGGCUAAUGGUUUACUUUCAACAUCCAAUCCCNGGUGGUUUAGGGUUUAGUUGUGUUGGGUGGUUUAGGGUUUAGUUGUGUUGGGUGGUUUAGGGUUUAGUUGUGUUGGGUGGUUUAGGGUUUAGUUGUGUUGGGUGGUUUAGGGUUUAGUUGUGUUGGGUGGUUUAGGGUUUAGUUGUGUUGGGUGGUUUAGGGUUUAGUUGUGUUGGGUGGUUUAGGGUUUAGUUGUGUUGGGUGGUUUAGGGUUUAGUUGUGUUGGGUGGUUUAGGGUUUAGUUGUGUUGGGGCGGCAGACUGUAAGGACUUUUUGAAUUGUAGGAGGUUGUGGGGGAUAGUUGGGGCGGCAGACUGUAAGGACAGAUGGACUUUAGUGAGAGGUGUGGUGAUUUUAGGAAGUUAGAGGUGCUCAAACAUUUCUACUCUCAACUAUAUGUUAAUUAUAAAAAAAAUGGACUAACCACAAGGUGAGGGUCAGAGUUCAAAAGAAAUGAUUCAAAGGACAAAAGAUAAACAUGUAUCUGAAUGGAAGCCUGAACAUACUAAGAAAGUUCAGAUGUCAAUGGUGGCAUCAAUUGUGUAUCAAACCAUGAAACAUACACAGAAAAAAGCUUUACCCUAUUUGUUUAUAUGUUAAACAUUACAGAGGGAUAAGCCAGUAACUGUACCCUACUUGUUAUAUGUUUAAAAUUUAUAGAGGGAUACGCCAGUAACUGUACCCUAAUUGUUAUAUGUUUAACAUUUAUAGAGGCCAUCAGCCGGUUAGCCUAAGAAACCAAUGAUUUUUCACUUACAUUUUCAAGACUUUUUUUUUUUUAAUAACCCUGAAAUUUCCUCAGCAGAUGUGUGUUUUGUUUUCCAUGCUGUCUAACUCACCAUAGACUGUAAACUGUAAUGGUUUGUUGAUUUCCCUUUUAUUAACUUUUGCUUCAGCUUUUGGUAAAAAUGGUAUUCUUAAUUAUUCCUGCAUUAACUUUAUAUUUUCCUUAUAAAAAGAACUCAGUUUGAUUUAUAUAUAAAUUAUUUAUUCCACUUGCAAGCUGCAACACAUUACCUGAUAUGGAAUUUCAUCUUUAAUUCUAUGUCAUUGACGGGAAUGGUAUCUAACUAAUGGAUUGGUUUAACAAAGCAAACACUUCUUUAAAUGCAAAUGCCUUGUUUUCUGUUGACACCAGAGGUACACAUUUCCACUCCUUUGAAACCAUGUUUAUUGUAUAUUUUCCUGCAGCAUUACAAUGUCAAAGCAUUCAAAGCAGUGUUUAUAGCUUAUUUUCACCCACUUUCUAUAGACAGAAUAUCCUAUUUCUAUCUCAACUUGUAUAUGGGGCAAAAGGUGGAAGUUUGAUGUGAGACAAAACAUUUCACUGAGUGGGUCCGAAAAAAAAGCCAACAAGCGAAAAAAACAAAAACAUUUGUUUUAAUUCAACAAAAUGGUAAAAAUUGUAAAGAUAAAUUUUUAACAAAAAAAUGAAGCUCUGUUGUUGUAUGCAAAAGUUUAGGAAUAAGACAUAAAAGCAAUAAAAAAAAUGUAUAUGAUGAAAGUUCCACAUUGUCUUUGUAUUGUGGUGCUGUGCACUUCUCAGCACAGAAAUGCUUUCACAAGAGCUGUUUUGUUCUGUCUCACAUUUAGCCUUAUACCAUUUUUUUCAUUUACCUGCUUGAGCUAAGUCAACCCCCAUACAAUCAAUCAUAUCUUGCUUGAAAUUUAUUAACUUUUUGUAUUGUUAGCCCAAGAUCAAGUGACACCUCAUUGAUUGCUGAUUACAUAGUCAUUUAAUAUAUGUUCUUAUAUAAUCACUUAUGCACACACAUGUUUCACAGCUAGGAAUAUCUAUUUCUGCAUUAAUUCAAAUAAUCAGGGGCCAAUUGUUUUCAGUUUAUAAUGAAUUGGCACUAAAGACUCAAGGAGGAAAUAUCACCACCACAUUUUUAUAAAACUUCGAUAACUUUUAAAAUUUACUGUUAAAUUUGGCCUGAUGAAAAUUAUUGAAUGAACGCUGUUUCUCAGAAAUAUUUUUUUAAUUUUCUGGUCUUUUGGUUAUUUGGGGGAAAAGUUUAAAUGCUUUUUCCAUACAAUUUUCUAUUUUGAAAAAAUGUAUAACAAACCUUAAUUCAUAUCUUCACUAACCUGAAACAUCAAAUGGGCUUAUUCAUUUGAACCUCAGCUAGAGAUGACCUAUCAUUUUUUGAUAUUGAAAUAAUUAGCUGUUCUUAAUCCCAUACAAUUCUUUGCAGCAUCUUUUUUAAGCGUAUGUUUUUUUUUGUUCAUGUUUCUAUAAAUUUAAAAUCUGUACUUAAAAGGUCAAUUGCUAUGCCAUUUCUACAGCUCGAUACCCAAGAAACAAGUACGCAUUUGUCAAAAAUAGACCUUUGGGUAAUUGCUGCGUUUUAAUUUGACAACCUUUUUUUUAAAUUCUCGGUUAAGGAUUCAUUUUGUUUCCUAUGGUGUGAUAGUUUUCUUUGGUGCUCAUUUGGCUUUACAUCACUUAUAAUGUUGGAUGGUUUUAUUGAUGAGAUAAGCAUGUACCGUAGAUACUCUUUCUAAGGCCCAUUAGUUCAUUCGCAGACCCCCAAAUAUCGACAGGAAAAGCCUGAAAAGUGUAUAACCCGCUCAUUAGACGAUCCCAUAAAAUAAUAUGCCAGUUUAAGCUAUACUGAACCCAAGAAUAUCUAGGAUGAGAUACGAAGGCCAGCUUUCAUUAUAUUUGGCGAAUAGUGGCAUCAUCUAAUCCGGUAUCUUUUAAAAAAAUUAAUAUUCAAAGCUUCUGAAAGGGAAUCUUGUAGAGCAUAAGGUAGACUAGGAGCUAGGUGAUCUACAAUAACAAAUUCAUUAUUCAAUGUACCUGAAGAAAAUGAUAAAAAUCUUCUAUGGCCUGCUCAUAAUCCGAUCAUCCCAAUUACUCAAAAUGUGGCUUAAAAACGAGUGUACAGCAUUAAACUGUGACAUUAUUUUUAGAAUUUCUUUUAAAAAAUUCUCAACAUACUAAUAUAAACUUGAAACGAAGUCAAUGUGAUUAUUUAGAAUCCAUUCAUUUGAUCUGUUGAAGGGAUUUAAAAGUUUUUGAUGUGUUUAACACAAACUAUUUCUUUAUGAGUGGAUAUAUUACUCCUUUCUUUCCUAACCAAAACAGCUGAAAUAAAUAGAAAAGAAUUGUAUUGAUAGCCAAAGUCAUGAUAAAUAAAAUAUGAAGUGAGUUAGAGAAAAGGGGUUUUAUAUUUAAUGACCCAGCCAAACUUUUGCAGUUCUUAACACUGUGCCAAUGCUUAUGUGCAUAGACUAAGAGUUUCAUUCAAACCGAUGUUGAUGAAAGAAAGAGGUUGAAAAGUUAAUCCAAUCUAAUUGACUUUUGGUUGAGAAGAUUGUAAAUAUGAACAGCUCUAUCUAAAACCAUUAACUGAACUCUUGUGUUGGUGUAUUGAAAUAGGGAAUGUAGGUAAAGGUGUGUGUGUUUGUUUGGGGAGGGGGGGAUUGGAGAGGGGUUUCAUGGAAUUGAUUUAGUGUUGCUGUAUGUACAUCAGUAUUUGAAAUUAUACUUAGACGUCUUCAGUGAGUUCCCCUUGCCAGUUGUAUAAAAUUAUUAUAGAUUUGUUUAUAAGCUGCCAGAUUAAGAAGGCAACAUUUAAGCAGUUUAUCUGUUUUACAUUAGCCUGUCAUAUAUAUUAUAGAUUUGUUUAUAAGCUGCCAGAUUAAGAAUUUAGCUUUUAAAAUAGAUCUAUGCAUCUGUAUGUACCAUUUUUUUACGUGACAUAUUUAAGCCCUCCAAUAAAUUAUAAAUGUGCCUUUCUGUCACCCUUACCACAGUCCUGGUAACCCUCCCCACACAUUCCCCCCUCCCCCUGCCCAAAAAUCAGCUAGGCCAGCUCCUCCCUCCACGAACCAUUGGCCACUCCAUGCCAUCAACUCAUAUCAAAGUGCCCACUUUAUUCAAAUUAGAAUUGACAUAGAUUAUCUCAAAUAGUCAUUAGUGGAGUAAUUGGUCAACAAUCAUUGUACAUGAAUUGGUACCUAUGGUUCUACAGUUUUUCGAAACCUCAGAAAUGUGCUCAUUAAGGGAGACUUACUUUAGAUAAUUUUUUAAAUGUUGAAUGUUAAUUUCCUCCAGUCAUGAAAACAUAAUAAUUUAAUAUUGUCAGAAAUUGUAAAACCCACCAACUUUAGUGUUUGAAGGACAUCCUUAUUGACAUGACUACUAUUGUAUCUCCUCAUCUCUCUAGGGGUGGACAUGGUCGUGUUCAUUGUUAGCCAUCACUUUACUUAUUCAGGAAGGGAAUAUAUUUCAUCGAUGUGAAGUGUACUCUAAGUGUCCUUAGGAGUGUUGAUCUAAUAAAUUUGCACGACAUGUCACAGAGGAUUUUGGGGCUAACUUGUCCAUUUUUUAAGUACAUUUUUCUGGAUAUUUCCUUUCAAUGAAGUUAUGUAGAACAAAGUAGCUGGAACAGAUGUUUAAACAGGGAAAAACACUUUUGUUAGUUUUAAUGAAAAAUAUAUUCAUAUCCAAUCUUGAUUAUGAUUUUCAUUGACAUUAAUUUAUAAUACCGAUUUUUGAGCCAUGUUCAUAUCCCUAGAAGUUUGAUAUCGUAAGGACAGAUAGACCUAUUAUAUAAUCGCUCAACAAUAUCCAAUCUCUUGUAUGCAGUGGCAUACCCAAGAUGGGGUGGAGGGAGGGGGGACAACUCGUUGGGUCUUUAAGUAUAACAUAAACAUAAUAUAAUGUGGGUGUUAAGGGGCCGCACAUUUGAGACAAACGUUUUUUAAAUUGUCAAAAGUAAAACACUACUUAAAAUUAUUACUUAUCCUGGCAAUAUUCAAUAUCAAAUGUUCCUGAACUGUUCUUUUUCAAGUUUCUUUAUGUAGGAUUUAAUUUAAGUCUAAAGCUCCAACUUUCUUAACUAUUCCCAGCACCAAGAAAUAGUGAUAAAAGUAUGGCUUGAAGAAGUCCACCUAAUUAUUAAGCAAUAGAGUCUAAAUGAGUUCUGUGAGAAACACUAAAGCAGUUAGAAAAAAUAUUGUAAAAAUUUUAUUAUCUUAAAGCGUGUGGGCUUAAAAACAAAAUUGAGAAAAAAGUAGUACUGAUUGAACUAAUUAGAGUUAAACCACCAUCAGCAACUAUCUGUCGUAGUCCUGAUGAAUAAGUUUUCUUUACUUUCUUUGUUUCAUUUUGUUCUUUGCUCUUUGCCAAGUAAAAGGCUUCCACAUAUAAUUGAAAAUCAUUGUCUUUAUUAUUAUAUUUUCUUUUAAUCCUGUAACUAGAAUUCUUUUGACAUUUUUUUAAAAUUCAACAAAAUAUGUCACAAUAUGUGUAAAAAAAAAUUUAUCUUGUUUUUUUUUUUUCUAUUUAAAAAUCUUUUACUUUUAUUUUACUUUGCAGCUUUGGGAACAUUUUUGUUUCUAACAAUUUUUUUUUUUAUCUCUUUCUUUCUUUACAGUAGUUUUCAUCCAACUUACAAGUUUCUUAUUUCUUAAAAUAGUGGUCUCUUACAACAGCUGACAUCUAAAUUUUUACUUAUGUAUUUCACAGAUUCAGAUUCCGUACUUUUGAGAAAGUAUUUACUGGAACAGCUUUGUGUGACUGGCUAGUGAGAGCAGGCCUAGCUUCUGACCGAUCAGACGCUGUUGCUUAUGGACGACGCCUCAUUCUUGGACGGGUCAUUACACAUUUAACCAGUGAGCAAAACUUCCAUGAUGCUCCAUACUUUUAUAAAUUUCUUGAAUCGUUUGAAUAUUUGAAUUGUUGAUCAUUGUUAACAUGAUGAAUUAAGUCAUAUACUUGAGUAUGGUACGGUGUAUUGACAGUUGGAUUGUGUCAGCAUUUGUCUAUGCCUCUGUUCAACUCUGUCACAGCAGGUUGACUAGUGGUCUGAUCCCCACUGUCAUAACCAGUUGUCUAGGUGUGUCCCCUUGUCAUGGCAGCUUGUCUAGCGGCCUGGUCCCCUUUGUCGUGGUAGGUUGUCUUAGGGGCUGGUUCCCUUUGUCAUGGCAGGUUGUCUAGCUGUUAGAUCCCCUCUGUCAUUGCAGGUCGUCUAGCUCUCUGGUCCUCUCUGUCAUGGCAGGUUGUCAAGCUGUCUGAUCCCCUCUGUCAUGGCAGGUUGUUUAGCGGUCCCGUCUAUCACAGCUCAAUAUUUACUAGUCCUCAGGAUAUGCAGGUGUCGGUGCGCUAACCCAUAAAUAACAUGGGAGGGUCCUUAAACCCAGAUACAACUAGCAGUUAUUUAAGAGGGCCGCGGAGGAGGUGGAUACCAAGGAGUAACGCCUUGGAAUGCUACUGCUGGACAAAUGAAGAAUACCUGCUCUUCCCAAGUUCAUAGAUAACAUAAUUUAUCUUCCCACUAUUCCUUGUUUAGGUUGAGAUCUCCAUGUUAUUGAAAUCAUCAUUGCAAUAUUAUGUCAUGUCUUGAAUAAUGUCACUGGGCAUUAGCACACUUUAUUAAAGCUGUUUUUUUUUAUCAACCACAUUUGUCAAUAUACUCGUUAGUUUUUUUUUAGUAUACACUUUUGUAUAAAACAUAUGCUUACUCUACCACAUUAAUCAACUGAAUGUUGAUAAUUUAUUACAUAUCAAUGAAGUCUGUAGUAAAUCCAUGCAAUACUUAUUCCAGUAUAUCAAGAGAAUAAUGGAACAGUUAAAGAUUUCAUUUAUUUAAUUGCCUUCCCCAACCCAUUCCACACUAUCACAACACUUAUAUCCUUGAGGUGCUUACUUUUUCUCACAUACAUCUAGGCAAAUAUUAAUUAGUCCAUUACAUAUAGUUCCUUCUCCGAUCAUUAAUAUUUUUUCAUAUUCCCUGGGUUAGAUUGUUAUUUAUAUGUUUAUUCUUGUUUUUUAACUUAAUCGCAAUCGCUUAAUUUGUAGCAUAUAGUUUGCUGAAUAGUUAGUAAUUUUAUGCAGAU